UUUUGCCAUGGCCGACCGCCUUGCGCUUGCGGGUCAUUGCUUCUAGAUGCCAGUCUGGACAACAACAGAAGUACUAUAUGCGCCGCUCCAGCUGAACUGCAACCAAAGCGUUAUUCGAACAAGGUGAAGGUCUGAUAGGCAAGAAGAGUUGUAAUCAAAAUGGUUAAAUCGACUCAAAUAGCCAGGCUUGAUGGCCUCAUGCUGGCUGCGUCAGUAGACGAUGAACAGGCAGAAGUGGAGCUCUCCGAGAUCAAGACACAAGCCAAAAUGAUUUUCCGCCGGUUGACUCGCAAUUCCGCACCGCAAGCUAGCAUUGAGUCUGGCCAAUAUAACCUACACUAUCUUAUCCAAGAUGAUAUCUGCUUCCUCUGUAUAUGCGACCGUUCCUACCCGCGCAAACUUGCCUUCACCUACCUCGCAGAUCUCGCAACCGAGUUUACUACCACUUACUCCUCUGCGCAGUACCAGUCUCCCACCCUGCGACCAUAUGCAUUUGUAGAAUUUGAUACAUUUAUUCAACGCACCAAGAAGCUGUACCAAGAUAGUCGCGCUUCGCAAAACCUCGACCGACUAAACGAUGAGCUUCGGGACGUAACGAAAGUGAUGACAAAGAACAUUGAGGACCUCCUAUACCGAGGUGAUAGCUUAGAGCGUAUGGGCGAGUUGUCGGGGCGUCUGCGAGAGGACAGCAAGAAAUACAGACGAGCCGCGGUGCGCAUCAAUUGGGAGCUGGUCAUGAAACAGUAUGGUCCAAUUGCUGGUGUCGGGCUCCUUUUUAUCUUUCUCAUUUGGUUGCGCUUCUUCUAAUUCCUUCCCUGAGCAACUGCUUACCGAGACCCGCUCAUAUGAAUGUAUGCAUAGUUAAUCUUCUUGAUGGUUGCCGGACUCCAUCCACCUUGAUAUGUUCAAAAACUGCCAAUAUUUUAUGACCGACGAGCUUGGUUGCAAGGCGUAACCCUUUCUUUCCAUGGGAACUUUACAAAGCAUGUUCAUCAAAGCGCCUCAU